AUGUUUAAAAAUACGAAAAUAACUUCAAUUCUACUAUUGCUUUGCGCUAUAGGGUCAAUGGCAAUGGCAAUGGAUAUGGAUAUGGACUCGGACAUGAAAGAAGAUGGUAUGAGUGACAUUAGCAACAGCAAGGAGUCUACACACACAACAAUGACUGACACAUCUGUUGCCGCUGACUUAACACCGAUUCCUCACGUUAUGAAGCACCCACAUGGUUUACCAAUCCUUGAAACUAAUCUCUUACCCGAAGAGAAAUUGUUUUGGGAAAAUUACAAUACUACAACUUAUUUCACUGUGCCCAGUAACCACCGUGCUGCUUUAUACAUGCAUAUUGCCCUCGGCUUGGUCUCCAUCAUUGUUGUAUACCCAAUCGCCUUGAUUUUCAAUAAUUUAAGCAUGACGAAAACUUAUAUGGCUGCUUUGGUCAUUCACACUGGCUUCAUAUUGAUCUCCUUGCUCAACUACUCAAUCUUCAUCAACCUGAUACCAGAAUUAUACCCAGGAAACGCUUAUGGAAAGAUGAUUGUUAUUUUAUUUAUAACAACCUGUAUACAAAUCGUAUUUGCCUUGGUAAAAAAUUUAGAGCCAUCAAAUUUGUCAAAUGGCUCGUCCUCAUUGAGCAAUGGACCAUAUUUCAGUCUUCGGCCAUCCACAAGCGGUUCAGACGUCAACAACAACAAUAAUGGAAAUGAUGACGAUGAAAUUGAAGAUGAUGGCGAUAACGUGUCUGAAUCGUCUCUGAUCAACUCGUCAGCUGCAGCAAUCGAUUGCGAAAAAAUGGGUCUGACUACACAACAAUCCAAGAUUUAUAGGUUUAGGAUGUGGAUUUCACAAACUAAAUUCCACAAAUUUUUCAAAAUCGGUUUCAACUUGUUAAAUUGGGGACAUUUUUUUUACUACUUGGUAUUGAUCCCCACGGGAGUUGCUACUUUUUGCAUGUACGGACAAGCCGAAACAGUAUUUAACCUUCUUGCGCACUUUAUCAAAGGUGGAGUGUUUUUUGCAUACGGUAUAUUGUCACUUGCAAGAUAUUGCGGUGCAUUUUCAAAUAAAGGUUGGGCUUGGAACCACAAGUUUAUUAGUGGUGACUCUCAGUUAAACCUUUGGUCUAGAUUCCAAAACAAAGGUCUUUGGACUAUGGAAAUGAUUGAGAGCUCCUUGAUUUUAUUUUAUGGAUCAACAAAUAUCUUCUUGGAGCACUUGAGCAAUGCCGGCAAUGAAUGGUCAACAAAGGAUUUGCAACAUGUUUCUAUAGCAUUUAUUUUCAUUGGCUGUGGUUUAUGUGGUGUCCUUACAGAGUUGAAAUUACAAGAUUGGAGAUAUGAGCAAGCCUUGGCUAAUUACAAGAAAAUUGCUGCUGCCGAUGAUGAAAAUAUCCAUCAUGUUAUCAAAGCUAGUCCUGGAUUCAGUCCUAAUCCAUUCCCAGUAUUGACUAUUUAUUGGACUGGUAUUCUCAUGUCUCUGCACCAACAGGCCUCGGCAUUAUCGACGGAGAUUCAUGUACAAUGGGGCAAUAUGUUUAUUCUUGGAUGUGCAUUUAGGUUUAUCACAUAUUUGCUCAUGUUGCUCAAUGCAGGUAAGCCUACCAAAUUGACAAGGCCAGUGAGACCCAUUACCGAGUUGAUUGUCGCGUUCAGUUUGAUCUGUGGCGGCUUGAUCUUUAUGGAAUCAACUGACCCUGUGGUAUUGUCGUUUGAAUACUAUGGACUUACCUCAAUGUUUACCUUAAACGUGAGCCUUGGUGUAGUGACUUUGUUUAUGAGCUGGAUGAUGUCAUUGUUUACAUUCAAAGAUUGGCUUAAAAACAAGUAUAAAGUCACACAGCACGAAGUGUAA